CAUGGCCGACUAUCUGAUCAGUGGAGGCACAGGUUAUGUUCCUGAAGAUGGGUUAACGGCACAGCAGCUCUUUUCAAUUGGCGAUGGACUGACAUACAACAAGACGUACUCAUGUUCCUCUAUCUCUGACCAAACGUCUCUGUUCUGUUCUUCUCCUCUCAGUGACUUUUUGAUCCUCCCUGGUUUCAUAGACUUUACUUCUGAUGAGGUGGAUCUAACCUCUGCACUAACAAGGAAGAUAACCCUGAAGACACCUCUUAUUUCAUCUCCCAUGGAUACAGUCACAGAAUCGUCCAUGGCCAUCGCAAUGGCAUUGAUGGGUGGGAUCGGAAUAAUUCAUCAUAACUGUACAGCUGAGUUCCAGGCCAACGAGGUGCGCAAAGUCAAGAAAUUUGAGCAGGGCUUCAUCACAGACCCGGUGGUAAUGAGUCCACGGCACACAGUGGGGGACGUGUUAGAGGCGAAGAUACGCCAUGGUUUCUCUGGCAUCCCUGUUACAGAGACCGGCAAGAUGGACAGCAAGCUGGUGGGCAUAGUCACCUCCAGAGACAUAGACUUCCUGUCUGAGAAGGACCAUGACAGACCGCUGGAGGAGGCAAUGACCAAAAGGGAAGAUUUGGUCGUCGCACCCGCUGGGGUCACACUAAAAGAAGCAAAUGAUAUUCUACAACGUAGCAAAAAAGGCAAGCUCCCCAUAGUGAACGACAGUGACGAGCUGGUCGCCAUCAUCGCGAGGACUGACCUGAAGAAGAACAGAGACUAUCCUCUGGCCUCCAAGGACUCCCGCAAACAGCUGCUGUGCGGAGCUGCUAUUGGUACGAGGGAGGACGACAAAUACAGACUGGACCUCCUCAUGCAGGCCGGGGUGGACGUGGUCGUCCUGGAUUCCUCUCAGGGAAAUUCAGUGUAUCAAAUCAACAUGAUACACUACAUCAAACAGAAAUACCCUGAACUACAGGUAGUUGGAGGAAAUGUGGUGACAGCUGCUCAGGCUAAAAACCUCAUAGACGCUGGCGUGGAUGCCCUGAGGGUUGGUAUGGGCUGCGGCUCCAUCUGUAUCACCCAGGAAGUGAUGGCAUGUGGACGGCCCCAAGGUACAUCGGUGUACAAGGUUGCAGAGUAUGCCCGACGUUUUGGAGUGCCUGUAAUCGCUGACGGAGGCAUUCAGACUGUUGGACAUGUGGUGAAGGCUCUGGCCCUGGGGGCAUCUACGGUGAUGAUGGGGUCGUUGCUAGCAGCAACCACUGAGGCUCCAGGGGAAUAUUUCUUUUCAGAUGGCGUGCGUCUGAAAAAGUACAGAGGAAUGGGCUCCUUGGAUGCAAUGGAGAAAAAUAACAGUCAAAAACGCUACUUCAGUGAGGGGGACAAGGUGAAAGUUGCUCAAGGUGUUUCAGGAUCAGUACAAGACAAAGGCUCCAUCCAUAAGUUUGUUCCUUACCUCAUCGCUGGCAUCCAACACGGCUGUCAGGACAUUGGAGCCAAGAGUUUGUCUAUUUUGCGGUCGAUGAUGUACUCUGGAGAGCUGAAGUUUGAGAAAAGAACCAUGUCUGCUCAGAUGGAGGGAGGAGUCCACGGCCUCCACUCUUACGAAAAGCGGCUUUACUGAGGCGGGAGGGAGAGGGAACCCCCGAUCAGGACCCAGCGUCCCGGCACCAGCAGCUAUGAGCAGAUGCACCAGCCGCAUGUGAUCUUACCACACACAGAGAGCUGUCUUUGUAGGACAACAGCCACACCUUCUUAUUCUUGCCUGUCCCUUCUCUGACUCCCUUGAAGAUAGAUCAGGCACUUUAAUCGGAGUCUGAAGUUCAAAGGAGAGCCAAGGAGGUCAUGCGUAGUCGAGUCUGUUACGUGAACUCUCGGUCUUUCUCCAACUGUGUCCAGGGUGUAACAGGGAUAAUGUAAUUAACCAUUCUGCUGAUCCCUUUCAAUGAGAAAACAUGUCAUCGCCUACUUUUGGAAAAAGCUUAUCAUUGCUGUGUUGCACCCUGGUACAAAAUAGUGCACAACAUCCAAAACAUUAAUUAUUUAUUUUUACAAGAAAUCACUUUAUUCACAGAGUAAAAGACACGUAACAAAAUAAACAGCAGCAUCUUUCUGGCAUUUUUUUUUUAAAUGUUUAAAAAGAGGAAAGAAACAUGAAAGUUAAAUAGCUUUAAUUUAGCUCUCUGCUGAUAAUAAAAACAGAAUUCAGACACGUAUAUAACCUUGUAUUAUAUGUAUGGUCACAUUUUCUAGCCAGCAACCUUGUGUAUCAAGCUAACCGAGCCAGGAACUGUAAACACACAGCAUGGUACAAAUAGUAAAAUAAUAUUCUCAUUAUCUUCUUACUGCACUGAUUAGAUUUUGUUUAAAGGUGCAAUAUGUAAAAAUUGGCCACCUUGAAUUCAUCCCAACAGACAGGGGCAGCAUAUCACCAGAGCCCCUGCUAACUGAUCUAACUGAUGCUAACCAGAUUUUCUUUUUUUUUUUUUUUUUUAAACAUCCAUGACUGUAGCUACUGCUAGCUUGGUAGCUCAGUUUUCCGUGCAGCUAGCCGGAAGACCAAUGGAGUGUCAGUAUUUAUAAUGCAAGCACAGGAGCUUUGGACUGCUGGGACAAAGAGGUGUUCAGGUUUGGUUAGCAUGCUACCUUCAGUACAUAUCUCUUCAACAUAGCACAGAGACAUCUUUGACAUAAUGUCAAACCUGUGGUUUCUUCACAUUCUGAUGGUAAUCUGAGUUCAUUUUGGAAUGUUUUAAACACAUUUUCUUACACAUUGCACCUUUGAACAAAUUCAAUUUAAUUCCUCUGACGGGUGAAAAUUUUGCUUGAACAGGGUGGAUGACCUGCUCUGAUCGCCCUGCGUGUAAUGAGCUCUCUGAAUGUGCUGCACUGCUGCAGAAGGGACCAAAGUUUAGCAUCAGCCUUAAAUCACAUACAUACAUACAUUUGUAGCAAGGAGCGCCUUAAAGGAGCAAUCAUCUGCAAUCUCACUCUGGAUUUUCCUCUGUUCAAAAUACUGGAUAACAAGACAUGAGUGACACCGGUCCGAGUUUUAUAAAUACAUACAGCCCCGUGUUUAUAUUAAUGAUACAAAAUGAGUUUGAGUCACAUUGGCUUGACAUGUUGUGGUCUUCCAUAAUCUCAUUUUGCAAAAAGCAUUAUUAAUUACAUGGCUAUUAUCUGUACAUAAUACAUGUUUAAUAAAUAGUUGUUUUUUUAGACUCAGUAUUUAAAAGAAAUAAAUAAAUGGUCAAUGAAAUAGAGCUAUGGAGUCAGUGGAGUAGUGUAGUAACAAACCAAAUGCCCAAGAUAGAUGUCUUUCUUCAUAGAAUUGAUGUAAACUUGAUUUGCCAGUUUUUUGAAUGUGAUUGCUUAUUUUUUGUGGGAGAUACUCAAGGUUUCUGGUAUUAUGUUUAACUUGCAUCCAAUUAUAUGAGCUUUUGUGCUGGCUGACAGUUGUUCUUACUUGCUGGUGACAGAAAAUACAGAAAAUAAAUGUCUUGUUCUGUCACCGACCCUAAGGAAUUCAAAAUUAUAUUUAUUGUAAAUAGUGUUGAAUAAAGGUAAUUUUGACAAGCA